CUACGCGUCCAACUCCAACUCGGGAUCGGAAAUCAAACAAUCACCACGACAUUCGCCUGCUAUUCACAUCCUAUCGUUGCCAUACGUGUAUUUCUCCUGCACUGACUGGUACUGCAAUUGUUGUGAAGAUUUCUGCAAAGUUGAAGGAAAUUACUGACUCCAGGCCCCUCUCAGCAGCCGCGAUAUCUACGCAAAUCGACAGCCUAUCCAAGUCCAUCAUAGCAUCAACGAAGACGCGAAUCUAAUUCCACGAAUGGCUGCGCGUCCACCAAAUAUCAUCGGGAACUGGUGGCUAGGAGAGAAUCUCGGCUCGGGAUACUCAGGCUCGAUUUGGCGCGCUCAGAACAUCCACAACGGCGAGGUUGUCGCCCUCAAGGUCCAGGACGUGAAUCAUGAGUGUCCAACCAACCGAUACGAACGGCAUUUCUACCCUUCCUUGCAAGGCGGAAAGGGUAUGCCUACCCUCUGGGCAGCUGGCGUGGAAGGAAAGUGGGAUUACCUUGCCAUCGAUCUUCUCGGAUCCAGUCUGGACAGCUUGUAUCGUAAGAGUGGGAAGGAAAUGAUGGACCUGAGAAGUGCUUGUUGUAUCGCCAUGCAAGUGAUAGCACGGCUGGAGUUCAUGCAUUCUCGAGGCAUUCUUCAUCGAGAUAUCCAGCUAGCUAACUGCACCGUCGGCCUUCCGCCCAACGAGACCACGAUCUAUAUGAUUGAUUUUGGUUUCUCGAAACGUUACAUUGAUCCGCGCACCCACCGUCAUAUACCUGAAAGCAAAGAAAAGCGAGACUUCAUCGGGAACUACUGGUUUAGUUCUGUUGGUGUUCACUGCCGCGGAAAGGUCCCUUCGCGGCGCGAUGACAUGGAAGCAGCCGCUUUGAUGUUUAUUCACUUACUCACACCUCGCGGUCUGCCUUGGACACGUAAUGGCAUCCCGAAGACAGACGACGCACAUGAGCGGUUGAAGAAAAUGAAGAGAACCGCCCGUCCUGAAGAUCUCUGUCAAGGAAUGCCCUCAGAAUUCGAAGAAUUCUUGAGAUAUUGUCGCCGGUUAAAAUUCAUGGAGUGUCCUGAUUAUGGGAAGUGGAUAAAUGAAUUCAGGGAGCUCGCUAUUUCACAGGGUUUCCCGCCAAGCGACGACUUCAUAUGGCCGCCUCCCACACCUAGAGUCGUUCGUGCUCCUCGUCGUAGUGCUGCACCAGCACCAGAAGAAAUGGAGCAGAUAUUGAACGGCCUAGGAAAUCUCAACCUUGGAGACCGCGUCGUUCUUGGUGACAGACGCAACAUUGACAACGCAGUUCAAAAAGCCAGACAUGAUGCUCAGAAACCCGAACCUGAUCGUUGUAUUGUCAUCAGUAGCGAUUCAGAAGAUGACACCGCCAACCUUGCCGCACCAAAGGCCCAGAGACUGAAUAAACUCACGAAGAAAGCGUUAGCCGCCACUGAUAACGCGACGUUAUCCGAUAUUGUCUUCGAGUUCUCGCGUGUCUUAAAAUCUUACACUUCCCGCAGUCUAACCAAAGAAGGAUUUGCGUUUCUUGACGCGUUGUAUAAGCAGCUCGAGGAUCCAUCUGUAUUUGACGUGACUCCAUUAAGAACAUCAAGAUCAAGGUCGCAAAAUGUCCACCAAAAUCGGGAGCCUAUGCUCGCAAAACUGGGGAUCGUAGCGCGGCUACGCCGUGAAGUGGGCGUAGUUUCUACCAACAAACAGCUUGCUGCUAUGGUAGAAGACUUUGGUAGAGUUACGAACCGAAGCAACGGACGGACUGUAACAAAGGAUGGCUUUGCAUUUUUGGAAGGGGUCGCAGAGCAGCUUAGAGUCAUUCGAUGAGGGUGAACGCCUCGGGGCAACCCAUAUACAAUUUAUCGUACCAUUUUAUUGUAAAGCGUGUAGGAGUAUCAGAAAUGGAGCUUUCUGGGUUGGCCCGGCCAAAUAUAUUUUGCAGGGGCCAAUUUGG